AUGGCUGCGGCUAACGAUCUGGACAACGAGGUGGCCAGUAUCAUUUCAAGUUUGAGCGGAGCAAACUCGAAUUUGUUUGGUAAAGCCAACUCGGUGUUUGCUCAGCCGGUCGGUUCUGUUGGGUUGGCAGACGGGCUUACUAGCGAUUCGGGUGCAGAUUUCCCGAACCUAAAAGACGCCUUGAGUGCCAUCAGUGCUCCUGUGCCUCAACAGAAGUCUCGGUUCGCAAACAACCUGUUUGGAUCGGCUUCUCUCAACGGAGUCAACGUUUCCAAUUUUAACAAUACGGGCCUCGGGUCGUCCAAUUUCCUCGAAAAGUUCUCUUCCAUCACGGAAAAGACAAGGGAGUUGGAGCUCAAGAUGCAACGGCUCAACGUCCAGAACUCAAGCUCCUCUUCUACAACUGCAAAUACCGCAAUCAUCUCGUCUUCGUCAGAUCUUAUCGGGUCAAGAAGAUCCUCGAACUUGAACUCGAGUGACAUUCAAACUCCUCCAUUGGCUUCCAGAGAACCUAGAAAACAGUCCUUUAGUGAAAAGUUUGACAACUAUGUUUCCAACUCAAACUCUCCAACAAACCAAUACAUCUCCAACUCCCCAAAUCAACUUGGCUACGCCGACAUCGCCUCUGAACAUAGCUCCGUCAUUUCGGAAUCGCCCAACGACCAGGCAAAGAACAUCUGGAACCCGGCAACAGCACCCACUUUCCAGCCUCGUGGAUUUGAGAAACCAGCGGCACCGUUUGGUCCUCCAUUCGAGGCGGAGAUGCAGCAAUUCGGAAUGCCUCCGCCCUAUGGCCUCGGACAGUGGCCAGGCUGGGGACAGAUGAUGCAAAUGGUUCCACCGACCGUUGCUCCUGUUCCUGCUCCAAAGGACGAGGACUCGAGCGAAAAAACGGACGACGAACAGGCUGCUCAGAUCCCUUCGCCACAGGCGUUUUUCCAGCCCGGCCUGAGAUCAAUGUCUCCGUUUGUGGUUCCGUCGUUCAACCCAUAUGGUAUCAUUGCGUCGCCUCCACCAAUGCCGACUGUUCUUGCCGAGCCUGUUGGACCACAGCGCGAAAAUCAGUUAGGGUCUCCAAAACUGCAGUCUCCUGGUAAGCCAUUGAAGAAAACCAAUUCUCCAAAACCAAUGAAGCCAAAGAAGCACAUUGUGAGAUCUCCUUUGCUCGAGGAGUUCAGAAGCAACAAGAACAAAGAGUACACUUUGAAAGAUAUCCAUGGCCAUGGUUUCGAGUUCUCCAAGGACCAACACGGUUCUCGGUUUAUUCAGCAGCAGCUCGCUCUUGCCAAUGAGAGAGACAAGGAGGUCAUUUUUAACGAGAUCCGUAAUCAUGCCAUCGACCUGAUGACAGACGUGUUUGGAAACUAUGUGAUCCAAAAGUAUUUCGAGCACGGCAACGAUGUGCAGAGAAAAGUCAUGUUCGAGUCGAUGAGAGGAAGUUUUAAUGACCUGUCUUUGCAAAUGUAUGGAUGCAGAGUUGUCCAGAAAGGUUUGGAAACGCUUCCUGUUGAGGAACAGCUGCAAAUCAUGGACGAGUUGAAGGGCAACAUUCUGAUUCUUGUCAAGGACCAGAACGGUAACCAUGUGAUCCAAAAGUCGAUUGAAUGUAUCCACAUUUCCAAGAUUCCGUUUAUUUUGGAGUCGAUCAAGCACCAGAUCUACCACUUGUCCACACAUCCGUAUGGGUGUAGGGUGAUCCAGAGACUGCUGGAGUUUUCUGGCGUUGAGGACCAGAACUUCAUCCUGGACGAACUCAAGGAGUAUAUUUACUACCUGAUCCAGGACCAGUUUGGAAACUAUGUGAUUCAACACGUGAUUGAGCACGGGUCCACCGAGUACACGGACGCGAUCUUGAAAGUUGUGCUUGAAAACCUUGUUGAGCUGUCGAAACACAAGUUUGCCUCGAACGCGGUGGAGAAGUGUAUCAUCUACCAAACAGAGGCGAACCGGGGCAAGAUCUACAAGGAGAUUCUGCGGGGCAACACCGACCCGAACGGCAAGCUGGACGAGAACACGUGCUUGUGUUUGAUGAUGAAGGAUCCGUUUGCAAACUACGUGGUGCAGAAACUGGUGGAGCUAAUUGACGACAAGAAGAAAGGACUGUUGGUGAAGAAGAUCAGAGACUAUCUGAAGCUGAUCAGCAAAAACAACUACGGCAAGCAUCUGGCCAGUAUCGAGAAGUUGAUUGCGUUGAGCGAGAGCUACGAAGAAGCAGCAAGAGUGUGA